AAAUGUCACGACAGAACUAUUACUUUACGGCAUCCCUAGAACUACACACGGAGUCGCGGUUUACUGACCUUCCGUGGUAGUGAAGCAAGCAUGGCGACCCGGGCAUUGGCGAAAGGAUUUUUGGGGCUACGACUCUCACGAGUUGUUCCCAUCAGAUUCUUCUGCGGUGGACACCAGUAUGCAACUGCAGCGCCCGUCCAUUCAGCUCAACCGGAAAAUGACAUUGUUACGGAGAAAAUAUUAAACGAGCCUCUUGAGAAUCCGGACUUUUUCCGUGUGUCAGAGCUCUUCUCGUUGAAAGACCUAUUUGACGCCAGAGUGCAUCUUGGUCAUAAAAAAGGUUGCAGGCACAGGCUCAUGGAGCCUUACCUUUAUGGCUGCCGUUUGGACCAAGAUAUAAUUGAUCUCGACCAGACUGUGGAACACCUUCAGCAAGCCCUGAACUUCACAGCCCACAUAGCAUAUCGUGGUGGCAUCAUACUGUUUGUUAGCCGCCGACGUCAGUUCAGUCACCUAGUGGAGUGCACAGCCAAGGAUUGUGGGGAGUACGCCCAUGCACGGUACUGGCAGGGUGGCCUCCUUACCAACGCGCCCGUACAGUACGGCCCAGGAGUCCGCUUACCAGACCUCAUCAUCUUCCUAUCCACUCUCAACAAUGUGUUUCAGCAGCAUGUGGGAAUCAGAGACGCAGCCAAGCUGAACAUUCCCACAGUGGGAGUGGUGGACUCAAACUGCAACCCCAGCCUGGUGACGUACCCUGUGCCUGGGAAUGAUGACACUCCAGCUGCCAUGGAGCUGUAUUGUCGCUUAUUCAAGAUGACCAUCAACCGUGCCAAAGACAAAAGGAGACGGAUGGAGCGGAUUUAUAGCCUGUUGGCACCUUCCACACAAAGCUCAUGACUUAGUAUGCUCCAUAAGAGACAUUAAAAAUGCAUUUUAAAAAUUCAAGACUGUCUGCUGCACCCUUGUUUCAGCACACUGUCAAAUAAAGAAUGUGACUGAUGAUGUCUGAAGCUUCAGCACUUCAUUAGUAGGAUAAGAGGAAAUGAGAAUAAUUGAGGAAUAUGUCAAUGUACACUAAAGACAUCCAGACUUAUUCUACAUAUGAGACAAACUGUUCUAAAUCUGUGAUAUGUUGUUGUGAUUUGGACCAAGACUGGAAGAGUUGCUUUAAGUUUUGCAAACACCAGAUGUCACCAUGUUGCUUUAUUUGAUGCCCGGAAGCUUUGAAUCUUUCUUGGAACAAACAAAAAUAAAGCCCCAAAGGGUCAUCUGACCAUCAAUAGUUGA